GAGGAGGGGAGUGCAGUAAAAACCUCUCCGGUGCUGCUCCGGUCUCGACCUGUUUGGGUCCACAAAGUUCUGACCGCUCGGGUCGCUGAGUUCACGGUUUUUUAAUCUACAGGUGUGAACGUCAGCGUCCGCUCUCUGUUUCCUCCUUUUAUGUUUCCUUUUGUUUCAGUGUCUCCUUAUCUUUGUGCAGCUUUUGCUCUCCGUGUGUUUAUAUAUGUUGUUAUGACUGGGGUCAUAAUUGGUUGAGUGUCUGCUGGGUGUGUGUGCUCUGUGUUUUCGUUGUGUCAAUCUUGUAUGCAAAUAGGUGUGUGCCACAGCAACGCGGUCAUUGGUGGGAUGGACUACGCCCUGUAUGGUGAUUGGCCGAGACCAGCUAUAUUGAGAACCAAGAUGGCAGCCACCAUGUGCAGAGGCCAGGCGUUCCUCAUCCUCCUCCUCUCCCAACCGGCCACCCUAUUUUGCAGCUUAAAGACUAUGGUGUAUUGUGUUCUGUUUUCCGUCAGUAGUAGGGGUGGACUGCCAGUUUUGUUAACAUUAUUUUCUCCUGUGUAUUUUAGUUAGGGAGGUAAGUCUUUUGUCAUUUGUUUCCUUUGUUUUGGUUAGGGAAGGACUUACUACUCAGACAGGAUUAUUUUUGGUUGUUGUUUUGGCCUUGGUCCACCCUGAAGUCUAGUUAUCCAGCCUUAGUUCUUUUGUCUAUCUUUUGUUAUUUACUGAUUUAUACAAAUAAAUCUUUAUCUUUAACUUUAACUGGAUCUCGGUUGUUGUGGCUACUUGGGACUUGGGGAUGAUGAGGCCUUCUCAUGUUGUGCCCUAGGCACCCCUAGACUGGGGCGUAACAUGAAUUGGGGGCUCGUCCGUCUUCUUGUCGCGUUUUCUUCGGUGAGUAUGUAUUUUUCUGGUUGGUAGUUUUUUUUUGUGUGUGGGGGGAAUUAUGGAUUUUUCACUGGAUGAUUUUAUGGCCAGUCCCUCUGUUGCUAAAAUUGAAAAGUGUAAAAAAGCAGACCUGUUGAUUGUGGCAAAUUUCUUUAAUGUAAAAGUACCAUACAAUGUCAACAAAGCAGAGCUCAAACAGUUGCUGUGUGCACAGUUGGUGGAGCAGGGCGUCUUACCUAAACCAGCGCUUGAUGCGGUUGCUGCGGGUGAUGUGGCUAGUGUCGCACCGGGGGCUGAGGUGAAAGCGGCGGGGGCUGCUGGCACGCUCGCUGCUGGUGCGGAACUUGGGCCGGUCACGGAUCCUCUCAUGGGUACCAUGACCACAGAGGAUCUCCGCAUAGCACUCCAAAUAAAGGAGGCAGAGACCCGAAACAAACAGCUAGAGGUACAAGCAAAGGAGGCCGAGACCCGAAACUUGCAUCUACGCUUAAGGGUUCUCGAGCUGGAAAAAGGAGCCUUUGUAGCCUCUACCCCAGUGUCUCCUGUUGACCGCAGCUCUGUUUCUGCUCCCGCUUUUGACAUAAGUAAGCACAUUGCUUUAGUCCCUCCGUUUCGUGAGUCCGAGGUGGACUCGUAUUUUAGCGCUUUCGAGCGGAUAGCUGCUGCCCUUAGUUGGCCUAAAGAGUUCUGGUCCCUUCUCCUCCAGUGUAAAUUAGUGGGGAAAGCUCAAGAAGUCUGUGCCAGUCUGUCCAUUGAGGAUAGUCUGGAUUAUAAUGUCUUGAAAAAGACUGUGUUGCAGGCCUACGAGCUGGUCCCUGAAGCCUAUCGGCAAAAAUUUAGAAAUAGUGUGAAAACUUCCAACCAGACCUAUGUUGAAUUUGUGCGUGACAAGAGCGUUCUGUUUGAUAAAUGGUGCCACGCGUGUAAUAUUAAAACUAUGGCGGAAAUGAGAGAGCUCAUUUUGCUCGAGGAAUUUAAAAAGUGUUUGCCGGAGCGAAUUGUCGUAUAUUUGAAUGAGCAAAAGGAGUCAUCGGUAACGAAAGCAGCUGUGCUCGCCGAUGAGUUCAUUUUGACUCAUAAAAGCGUUUUUUCUUUGCCAACCCCUCGUGUUUUACAUCCAAUGUCUGAGCGCAGAAACCGAUCGCCAAAGCUGAUGCGUAAAAGCACCUCACCAGCUGCGGGUGAGAGCCGCGAGUGUUUUUAUUGCCACGAGCCAGGCCAUUUGAUCGCUGCAUGUCCGACUCUUAGAAAAAAAGGACAACACAAAAACGGUAAACCUCCUGCAGGUGUGGGUUUCAUUAACACCGUGUCCCCGCCUGUAACACUCCCGGAGUCUUUACCUGAAGCCGAGGUAAAUGUGGAGGUUGACCCUCGUUUCAAACCGUUCGUUUCACAAGGAUUUGUUUCUGUAACUGGCGAGGAAGCGGAUAAAGUACCGGUAACUAUUCUCCGAGAUACAGCCGCCUAUCAUUCAUUCAUUCUGUCUAGUGUUCUGCCGCUCUCAAAUGAAACUUCAUGUUUCUCUGAUUUGUUAGUGUGGGGAAUUAAAAUGAGCGAACUUAACGCCCCACUUCACAUGAUUCACUUGCAUUCACCGCUCGCGUCGGGGCGUGUGAAAGUUGCCGUGCUCCCACGGUUUCCGAUUAGUGGCAUUUCGUUUAUUUUGGGUAACGAUCUGGCCGGAGGAAAUGUGUUUCCUCUGCCAGAGGUCGUUAACGAUCCCAUCUCGGUUGCGUCUGCCUGCUGCCCCACCUCUGUUUCUUCUGCUGUGUCUGUGCCAAAUGUGUUUCCUGUGUGCGCAGUUACGCGCGCACAGGCUCGUAAAUGGGGUAAAGCUGGGGAUUUAUGUAAUUCGUUUAUGGCUACGUUAGAUGAGGGUGAGCCCUCCUUUUCAGUGUCCCCCGCUAUUGAGUGUGAAAAUGUAUCGAAAUGUGUCUCUGAGCCUGAUGUGUUUCCUGCUGACGCAGACUUGAGUUUAAACGUGACCCGAGAGAUGUUGAUAAAUGCUCAGAGAAAUGAUCCGUCUCUAAAUUUGUGUCUGUCCUCUGUUGUAGCCGCCGAGGACGACAGCCAGACUUGUGUGUUUUUCGUGGACAACGGUGUCUUGAUGAGACGGUGGAGUCCCGACUCCAGGGAGAUACCCGUUGUUAAUCAGGUGGUUGUGCCAACAGACUAUCGAGCGCAAAUUUUGAGUCUGGCACAUGACUCCAGCUUAGCUGGCCACCUCGGUGUUAAAAAGACAUAUCAUCGUGUGUUGCGCAAUUUUUUUUGGCCUGGGUUAAAAACUGAUGUUGCGAAAUAUUGCCGCAGCUGUCACACAUGUCAAGUUGUAGGAAAACCCAAUCAACCUAUUCCUCCCGCACCCCUGCAUCCUAUCCCGGUGCUAGGGGAGCCGUUUGAACGAGUGUUGAUAGAUUGUGUGGGUCCGUUACCAAAAACUAAAUCAGGACAUCAAUACAUCUUGACUGUGAUGUGCGCUGCGACGCGGUACCCUGAGGCCAUCCCGCUGCGCUCUCUCAGAACAAAACCAGUUGUGAAAGCCCUCACUAAAUUCUUUUCAACUUUUGGCUUGCCUAAAACUAUUCAGACUGACCAAGGUACAAACUUCAUGUCCAAACUCUUCACACAGGUGAUGAAAGAGCUAAAAGUUAAACAUGUCACAUCAAGUCCUUACCACCCAGAGUCCCAAGGCGCGCUUGAGAGGUUCCACCAAACAUUAAAAUCCAUGAUGCGCAAAUACUGCCUCGAGUCCAACAGAGAGUGGGAUGAGGGCCUCCCUCUUCUGUUAUUUGCUGUGCGUGAAACUCCUCAAGAGUCUUUAGGUUUCAGUCCCUGUGAUUUGGUUUUCGGCCAUACGGUGCGCGGUCCCCUUCGGCUCCUCAAAGAAAAGUGGUUGGCAGAGUCGCCAAAAACUGAGCAUAAUGUGCUGGAUUAUGUCAGUUCUUUCCGUGAGCGUCUCAGCCAUGUGUGUCAGUUAGCUCGUGACAAUUUGGCACAGAGCCAAACUAAAAUGAAGCGUCGUUAUGAUAGAAAGUCUGUCCUCCGUGUGUUCCAGCCAGGUGACAAAGUUCUGGUGCUGCUUCCACUACCUGGGUCCAGCUUGCAGGCUCGGUUUUCGGGUCCCUAUACGGUGGAAAGAAAAAUUAGUGACACAGACUAUGUUGUUCACACACCAGAUCGAAAACGAAAAUCCCGAAUAUGCCACAUUAAUAUGUUGAAACGUUACUUAUCUAGAGUGAGUGAUCCACUGCAGUCUCCCGCUGUGUCCGUGAUGUCUGUGUCCGCUGCUCCUCCUCAGUAUCAUCUUGGUGAUGAUGGAUUGGCAGAGAAAAGUGGUUUGAUGCCGGCCGCUCGUUUGAGAAAUUCAGAAGUCCUGAGUAAUUUGGAGGGUUUUUUGUCCCAUUUGUCCGAUUCGGCCCGUGCAGAUAUGGUAGCUUUAAUCGAGGAUAACCUGUUGCUUUUCUCUGACCAUCCCAGCCAAACCUCGGUCCUGUAUCAUGACAUCGACGUGGAGGGCCACAAACCCAUUAAGCAACAUGCAUACAGGGUAAAUCCGACUAAGCGGGCCAUGAUGCAGAAGGAGGUGAGCUAUCUGGUUGAACAUGGUUUAGCAGUUCCCAGUACGAGCGCGUGGAGCUCCCCCUGCGUUUUGGUUCCGAAAUCCGAUAAAACACCUCGUUUUUGUAACGAUUACAGAAAGGUAAAUUCAGUCACUAAAGCCGACUCCUUUCCUCUUCCCAGAAUGGAAGAUUGCAUAGAUCGUGUAGGCUCCGCUAAAUAUGUGACAAAGCUGGACCUGUUAAAAGGUUACUGGCAGGUUCCUUUAACCCCACGGGCCUCAGAAAUAUCCGCUUUUGUCACACCCGACACCUUUCUUCAGUACACGGUCAUGCCAUUCGGGCUGCGUAAUGCUCCCGCUACUUUUCAAAGGUUGAUGCAUCGCGUAUUAUCUGGUGUAGAAAAUUGCGAGGCUUAUUUAGAUGACGUAGUUGCCUACUCCUCCACCUGGUCCGAGCAUCUCCACACACUGUCCCUCAUCUUCAGCCGUCUUCGUGAGGCCUCUCUCACGCUUAACCUUGUAAAGUGUGAGUUCGGAAAAGCCACUGUUACCUAUUUAGGAAAACAGGUUGGUCAGGGGCAGGUGCGUCCGUUGGCCGAAAAAGUGCAAGCGGUUAUUGAUUUCCCGGUCCCACAGUCCAAGAAAGCGCUGCGUCGUUUCCUCGGAAUGUGUGGGUAUUAUCGUGGUUUUUGUCGAAAUUUUUCUGAAGUGGUGGCUCCUCUCACAAGCCUUGUAAGUCCAUUGAGAGCUUUUGUUUGGUCCCCGGCUUGCCAGGCUGCCUUCGAGUCUGCCAAGGCGUUAUUGUGUAGUGCCCCUGUCCUGGCCGCGCCCUGUUUUUCGCGCCCUUUUAAAUUAGAGGUUGACGCCAGCGCGUGCGGGGCAGGUGCUGUUCUGUUACAGGAGGAUGAUCAGGCUAUUGACCACUCUGUUUGUUAUUUCUCCAGAAAGUUUAAUAAGCACCAGCUUAAUUACAGCACUAUCGAGAAGGAAGCUCUCGCCCUUCUACUUGCCUUACAAUAUUUUGAAGUUUAUCUCGGGUCUAGUUCGCAGCCUGUCCACGUGUAUACGGAUCACAAUCCAUUAGUAUUCCUUGCCCACAUGCGCAAUUCUAACCAGCGGCUUAUGCGCUGGUCUCUUCUCCUGCAGGAUUUUAACCUGCAGAUUUGUCACAAGAAGGGCACAGAAAAUGUGAUAGCAGACGCUUUGUCGCGGUGUUCCUCAAAUCCGUAGAUAUUAAACAUUUAGGGGGAUGUUUAAUUCUUGGGUGUGGGGGUGUUAUGACUGGGGUCAUAAUUGGUUGAGUGUCUGCUGGGUGUGUGUGCUCUGUGUUUUCUCUGUGUCAAUCUUGUAUGCAAAUAGGUGUGUGCCACAGCAACGCGGUCAUUGGUGGGAUGGACUACGCCCUGUAUGGUGAUUGGCCGAGACCAGCUAUAUUGAGAACCAAGAUGGCAGCCACCAUGUGCAGAGGCCAGGCGUUCCUCAUCCUCCUCCUCUCCCAACCGGCCACCCUAUUUUGCAGCUUAAAGACUAUGGUGUAUUGUGUUCUGUUUUCCGUCAGUAGUAGGGGUGGACUGCCAGUUUUGUUAACAUUAUUUUCUCCUGUGUAUUUUAGUUAGGGAGGUAAGUCUUUUGUCAUUUGUUUCCUUUGUUUUGGUUAGGGAAGGACUUACUACUCAGACAGGAUUAUUUUUGGUUGUUGUUUUGGCCUUGGUCCACCCUGAAGUCUAGUUAUCCAGCCUUAGUUCUUUUGUCUAUCUUUUGUUAUUUACUGAUUUAUACAAAUAAAUCUUUAUCUUUAACUUUAACUGGAUCUCGGUUGUUGUGGCUACUUGGGACUUGGGGAUGAUGAGGCCUUCUCAUGUUGUGCCCUAGGCACCCCUAGACUGGGGCGUAACAAUGUUUAUAAGUCAAAUCCGAAACACCUUAUUAAAGGGAUAUUCUGCUGUAAAAUUAAUUUAAGGUCAAACCCACCGUAACACCGAGUUAGACCCCCCCUCCAGAGAUGAAUGUUGUCGACCGCUUCCUUCUCUAGUUAUACCAACUUUAGUAACGACCGCAGGAUAGAAAUACAGAGAGCCACGCCCCCAACCAAAACGCCACUCUAUAGCCACAAAUAAUGCUCAGAACAGCACCUAACUUCAUCAACAGGACAUAUAGGGUCACAGACAUAGUACUAGACACCAAACAUCUUUUUAACUUUGACUCAUUUCUUUAGCAAAGAGACGAAACACAACUCACCUACUCUCUUCCAGCAGCCGGCGCAGCAGCAGGUCUGGAUCAGGAUGAUAUGAUCAGUGAUGAGCUGAAGUUUGAGAUCCACAGAGAGGAUGUUUCAGAAACAGAACCUGCAGCGAGAAACCGAACUGAUAAUUAUUGUUUUUCAAAGUUAGUUUAAGCUGAAAAAAUACGUCAGAAUAAGUUUCUUUAACUGAAUACAGGAUUAAAGCCCCAAAUCCAAAACUAAACCCAGUUUUUUGACUAAACAGAGAAAAGUGUCUGUAACAUCGAUGUUCAGUCAGUGUGGAUUUAGAUCUUUGUGAUUUUAACUAAUGAACUAUAAGAUUUAAUGAUUUCCACAGUUAAAAAUAACUGACUGCAAAGUUUUGGUUUUUAAAAUCUAUUAUUUCAGCUUUUUUAGUUUUUAUUCUCCAACUCUUCGUUUAAACUCUGAGGACAGAAAGAUCUUCUGACCCACCAGAACCCGUCUUUGAUACCGCUUCAGUUUUAACCUUUUACCCUCUUAUUCACAUCUACGUCCUUUUUCUGCUCUUCUGUUUUAUUAACUAUUUCUUGGUGCUUAAAAAUAUGCAGUUUGGUUUCUUGUCUGCAGUUUAGGGUACGACAAAGGGAGGCGGCACUUCUCACAAUAAGACCACAACACACACGUGGGCCCUGAACUCAAGACUGCGACUAAAACUGAAGUGAGAUUUACAACUACACACUGUGUUGUGUAAGUUUGACACACUAACUGAUAAAAAGAAAAGGUGAAAUACCACUUAAAGAUCAUUGGUGAGAUAAGUUUGUGUUAUUUGUGAUGCAUCUGUGGUGUGGUUGAAACCAGUCAUUCAUCGUUCGAGUGAAAUCGUGUUUGACACUGAAAACUCACAGAAGUGUUUGGAUUUGAUUUGAUGAACCUUUUUUUUUUUCUCUGACUUCCUUACAGGUUAAAAGACAAACAGAAGCAGGACUGACGGAG